AUGACCUACCGCACCACUCUGGACCUGCUUUUCAAAUCUCAGGGAUUUUUUCCUAACUACAAAUGUGAUAACCAGAAGAAUCUCAUGGCCAUCAUUGGAGCUCUUGUGUCUGAUACUACAUCCUAUAUGGCAGAAAGUAUACAUGUCUUCAAGAUUCCACAGUUGACCUACGGCUCAUUUGCCCAAGAAGACUUUAAAACUACUGAGUUAUCUUCCCUUUAUUCCAUGGUCCCAAAAGAGGAGCAUCAAUACAAUGGAGCUAUACAGCUUCUUCUCCAUUUUGGAUGGAUGUGGAUUGGAGUCUUCACUUUAGAUAACAAUAGGGGAGAACAUUUCUUGCAGAAACUGCACCCAUUGCUUUUUCAAAAUAGGAUCUGCUUAGCUUUCACACAAAAAUUUCCACAACGAUUCCAAUUAGAAGAAAGUUCAGAAUUUUUUGAUGUCAUCUCAAUUAUUUCUGAGAAACUUGUAAAUCAGAAGGCUAAUGUAUUUCUUGUCUAUGGUGAAUCAUUCACGAUUCUGUGGCUCAGAAGUGUUGUGUUUUUCUAUGAUCAAGAGAAAAAAGAGAGUGCAUCUUUUAGAAAGGUUUGGAUCCUGAUGUUCCCAAUUGAUUUCAUACUGACAGGAAUUCAAAGGUCUUGGGAUGUCCAGUUGUUCCAUGGGUCUCUUUCCUUUACAGUGCAUUCGCGAGAAACUACUGGAUUCAAAGAAUUUCUUCAAGACAUCACACCUUCAACCCACAAAGAUGGAUUUCUUCAAGAAAUUUGGGAACAAUUGUUUGACUGCUCACUUUCAGAUGAAGAAUCAACCUCAAUGUCCAAUCCAACAUGUAGUGGAGAAGAGAAUUUGGAAAAUCUGCCUUCUCCUCUGUUUGAGUUGCAGAUGACUGGCCAAAGCUACAGCAUCUACAAUGCUGUUUAUGUAGUGGCACAUUCUCUGCAUGAGGCUGUGAGAUCAAGAGCCCAACACAGAAGAAUUAAAAUGUUUGCAUUUUCAAAUCUGCACCCAUGGCAGCUCUGUACCAAUGAAGAAAAAAAAGUGGUGGAUAAGAUUAUGUAUGGUGAAGCUGGGGAGAGAGUGUGCCUGAAUGAGAAAAGAGAAGCAGCAGGUGGAUUCGACAUCACCAACUUGAUCACUUUUCCAAACAGAUCCUUUCAGAAAGUUACCGUUGGAGUCUUAGAUCCCAGUGCUCCAAAAGGGAAAGAAUUGUUUAUCAGUGGAGAUGAGAUUAUCUGGCACCCAGCUUUUAACCAGGUACUUCCAAUUUCUCUGUGUAAUGACCAUUGCUCCCCUGGAUACUGGAAGAAAGGGAUAGAAGGAAAACAAUUCUGCUGCUAUGACUGUGUUUCAUGCCCAGAAGGAAAGAUUUCAAAUCAAAAGGAUAUGGACGACUGUUUUGAAUGUUCAAAAGACCACUACCCGGAUAAAGAACAGAAAGAAUGUAUUCUGAAACUGGUGGUCUUUCUAUCAUUUGAAGAAACCUUAGGAACUGGUUUAGCCUCAGCUGCUCUUUCUUUCUUCUUCUUGACCUCUUGGGUACUUGGAACUUUUAUUAAGCACCAGGAUACUCCCAUUGUCAAAGCCAACAAUCGGUCCCUCACCUACACCCUCCUUGUCUCUCUUCUGCUCUGUUUUCUCUCCUCCUUGCUCUUCCUCAGCCAGCCUGGCAAAGUGACCUGCCUUCUCCGACAAUCAGCUUUUGGCCUCACUUUCUCAGUGGCCAAUUCUAGUGUCCUGGCCAAAACCAUUACUGUGGUUGUGGCUUUCAUGGCCACUAAACCAGGAUCUCAGAUGAGGAAAUGGGUGGGGAAAAGAUUGGCUUUUUCUAUUGUCCUUUCAUGCUCCAUCAUUCAAGGAUGGAUUUGUAUUCUUUGGUUGUCAAUAUCUCCCCCAUUCCCUGAAUUGGACAUGUACUCAGAGCUCCAAGAAAUGAUUUUACAAUGCAACGAGGGGUCAGCUUUCUUCUUCUACUGUGUCUUGGGCUACAUGGGUGUCUUGGCCAUCAGCAGCUUUAUUGUGGCUUUUCUUGCCCGUAAAUUACCCGACAGCUUUAAUGAAGCCAAGUUCAUCACCUUCAGCAUGUUGGCCUUUUGCAGUGUGUGGAUCUCCUUCUUUCCAGCCUAUCUGAGCACAAAAGGCAAAGCCAUGGUAGCUGUGGAGGUCUUCUCCAUCUUGGCCUCCAGCGCUGCAUUACUGGGAUGCAUAUUUUUGCCAAAAUGCUACAUCAUUGUUUUUAAGCCUGAACUAAACCAGAGAGAGCAACUAAUAAAGAGGACUUAGUACAUCAUGUGAGUUUUCUCACUAUGAAAAUUUGCUGACAAUUAGGAUAUUAACAAUUGAAGGCCACGAACUGCAAAUGGGCUGGCACUCCUUUUUAUGGGAUGAAAGAUAUAAAACACAUACCUAUUUUAAAAGACACACAAUUAGGAAUACACUACUACUAAUUUGGCUAAAAAUUCAAAAACAACACUACACAAAAAUUCCGAAUUGCCUAUCACCAUUAGAAGCGGUAAGACACCCAAACUUAACAGAACCCAAAAAUAUAAUUAGAUACAAAGACUUAAUUGACUUCAAGGGAAGCUGAAAACCAAAUAACAAUUGGAAAUAGAACUAAAUAGAGAAGUCGACUGGUGGACUUUUACACAGAUCCAAUCCAAAUACAAGGAACAUAUAAAAACAUAUGAAAUCUACAGAGAGAAACAAGAACUAGAUAAAAUUAUAUUAGACUCACAAGAGAAAUUAAUUAGUAAAAUCUAUAAUGUUCUAUUGCGGUAUAAGAUGGAGGAGGAAACAGUAAAGGAUACAAUGAUUAAAUGGAUGCAAAAUUUUAAAUAUACAAUAAAUUUGGAGAAGUGGGAGGAAUUAUGGCAAAUGAAUACAAAAUUAACAUUAGCGGUGGCAUACAAGGAGAACCAGCUGAAGAUGUUUUAUAGGUGGCAUAUGUCACCCACAAGAUUGGCAAAAAUUCAUUCAAAGAACAGUUCAUUAUGCUGGAAAUGCAAAAAAUCGCAGGGUACCUUUUACCAUCUAUGGUGGACGUGCCCGGCAGCAAAGAAGUUUUGGUCUAACAUUAAGAAAUGGUUGGAACAAAUAACAAAAUUACAAAUAGAGAUGAAACCAGAAACUUUUCUUCUAGGAAUCUUCACAAAAAUAUAUCCUAAAGAUAUAAAAUACCUAAUAAUACAUAUUCUAACGGCAGCUCGAAUAAUGUACGCAAGGAAUUGGAAACAAGAAAAAAUCCCAACGGAAGAAGAGUUAACAGAUAAAAUCGCACAGAGUGCUGAAAUGGAUAGACUAACAAAAGAGAUGAAGGAAAAAGAAGAGACAGAGUACUACAGAAUAUGGGACAAAUGGUACCUAUGGUACAACGCCACUAAUAAAGAUACAUAGGUGCAAGAAGAAUAGAAUAAAGAUGUAAAUAGGUAUACUAAUAAUUUCCUAUGGACAAGUAAACAUGAAUAGGGGAAUUUCAAAACAAAAAUAUAAUCCAAAUAUAAAGAUUUGGAAGAAGGGGAAGGGAAAAAGGAGGGGGAGGAAAAGGGAAAGAAAAAACUACUAGGCUUAAAAUAAGGGGAAAAUUACAACUGUAUUAAUUGAAGAACCACUACACAAUAUUGCUUUAAGAGGAAAAUUUACUUAUAUGCUGUAUGUUUUGUAAAUGUUUUUUAUAUGUGUUUUAUAUGUGUUUUAAUAAAGUUUAUAAUUUUUUUUAAAAAAAGAAA